UCAGUCAUUUUGGUUGGUUGAUCCUGGAAGGGAUCUCGGUUUCUGUUCCUCCAUGUAAGAAACAUUUGUUGUUGUCCUCCCUGUAAAAUUUCAGAAUAAAACAUGUCUGUGACUUGUCAUUUUUUUAAGGACAAGUACAUAAACCACAGAGAUAAAAAGAGGAAACCCAGACUGAAAUGACAGAGCAGAUAAAUCUUAUCUGUGUUGGCCUGAAAAUAGUGUAACGUGACGGGAGACAAAUCGUCUGAACUUCCUGUCCACAUUUGCCCUCCGUGUUUACGCUGCCGUCUGAAUCUGGCCACGGGUCAUUUCAUCAACGGAGCUCGGUCUCCAUGUUUCCUGUCUGAAGGAAAUGAGCUCCAAACAGGAAAAAAUGACUAACUGCUUCCUCAACUUUUGUUCAGGAUUAGUCUGUUGGAGCGCCGACCUCCGAGCCUGGCUUCUUGUUCUGCCGUUUUUGCUGAAGCAGAGCUCAUGGCUUUGUUUUUUGCUGUUUCUGCUCCUUUUCGGGACGUUUAAAGCUUCUCUUUUCCUAUUUAAGCUCAUCGACUCGUUUGCGUCAGAGAUCGGGGAGCUGAAGAAGGAGAUGGUUCAAACCUCUGUGGAAAAGGAACCCAUGAAGUUACCGGGGCUGGAUAGAGACGUUUACCUGCAGGUCACACACUGUGGAGAGCUGGUGGGUGAAAGGGAUUCUGGGUAUGACUCCCUGCGGCGUAGGAUGAGCGUGCUGGACAGGUUGACCCAGACUCACCCGGUGUGGCUGCUGCUGUCAGUCAGUGAAGAGGAGGCUGACCGCAUUCUGCUCAAACAGCCUCCAGGGGUGUUCCUUGUCAGGAAGUCAGCCGCUCUGCAAAGGAAGGUGCUCUCUGUUCACCUGGACGAAGAUCAAGCGGAGACGCCCAUCAACCACAUCCCCAUCAGAGAGAGUCAGUACACCUUUUCGCUUGAGGGAUCCAGCAUCAGCUUUGCGGACCUGUUCCGCCUUGUGGCCUUCUAUUGUAUCAGCAGGGACGUCCUUCCUUUCACACUCAAACUCCCAGAAGCCAUUGUGUCUGCAAAGACCCAGAAAGAGUUGGAGGAGGUGGCCCAGCUGGGAGCAGGCUUCUGGGACUCUGCCUUCUGCGGUCCGCGGCGUUCCUCUCCGGUUCCUCGCCGCCCUCUGAGCCGGACCCUCAGCCUCCAGCGGAGCAACGGGAACGCAGAGGUCCAGGAGUGGGAGCAGAGGUUCAUCGGGGCUCAGAGCGACAGUGCACCUCCAACCUUACAGCCCCACACUCCGCCUCCGCCUUUCCCUCCAGGGAGCCGGCUCUCCAGCGCCCCCCUGUGCUUCGUUUUCCCCCUGUUCCUGCAGACGCACCGCGGCUGUGAGGGCAGCCCGCUUCUGCAGCCCCGCCCGGAGACGGCGGCGGAACCGAAGGCGGCAACGAGCAGCCAGGCGGGCGAGCAGCAGAUCAAAACAAAGAGCGAAUCGCAAACUCCUCCCCCUCGACCUCCGCCCCCCCGCUUUAUGCUACACCGUCGACCCGCCCCACCACCACCAGGACCCGCCAGGAGCAUGCCCGUGAAUGUGGCUUCACCGAAGCAUCCGUCCCCCAAGAGACAUCCAGCGCCCCCUCGCCCGUCGAUGGGCUCUAAGCCCAGCAGCCCGCCCAAGAAUACCAUUUCGCCAAAGCCCCCCCCUCCAAGACCCAAAAGCCCUGAUCUGGAAGCCCGGCGUUGCCACAUUGCCCUUGAUGAUGAGACCAUCGCCAAAGCACUCUCACAGGCGAAGCUGCCUUCCUGUCAGCCGCCGCCCACCACCGAGCCGCUGGAGAGCAGCGCCGCCAGCCCAUCAGGGCCUCAUAAGCGAGGACGCCAGCGGUUCAGCGACAUGAGCAUGUCUACGUCUUCAUCCGAUUCCCUGGAAUACUUGCAGUCUCCAGGCUUCUCCCUGGGCCUGAGCCAUAACCCGGCACAAGACCAUCAGGACCCGGGGGAGGACAGCAGCGAGGAAGACGAGGACGGCGAGGAAGAGGAGGAGGAGGACUACGGUGUCGGACUGGAGGCCGACCUGGAAACGCGCCUUCGUCCGUCCUUCAAAGCGCGGAGGCGAAGGGUCGCUGUGAGCCUCAGCAGCGGAUCCUUCGACCUGCCGCGCUCCCUGAAGGGACGCCUCAGCAAGAUGGGCGGCAUGCUGAGCUCCCUCAUGACCCCGGAGAAACGCGCCGUGAAGCGGAUCGCCGAGCUGUCCCGGGACAAAAGCUCCUACUUCGGCUCCCUCGUUCAGGAUUACAUCAACUUUGUCCAGGAGAACCGGAGCUGUCACCCGUCCGGAAUGGACCUCCUGCAGACGCUGCGACAGUUUAUGACACAGAUGAAGGCUUACCUGCGCCAGACCUCUGAGCUGGACCCCCCCAUUGAGUCCCUCAUCCCCGAGGACCAGAUCGAUCCAGUUCUGGAGAAAGCCAUGCACAAGUGCGUCUUGAAGCCUCUGCACCACGUGAUCGAGGUGGCCCUGCACGACUUCCAGGUGAGCAGCGGGGCCUGGCGGCAGCUCUGGGAGAACCUGGCGCUGGCAAAGACGAAGAAGCCCCAGGACCUGGGGGUGGAUGGGGCCGUGCCCCCCGACUCUGUGGCUAUCGAGAAAAUCCGCCAGAAGUUCCUGAACAUGCGGAAGAUGUACUCCCCGGAGAAGAAAGUCAGGCUGCUGCUGCGAGUGUGUAAACUGAUCUACACCAUCAUGCAGGAUAACUCGGGGAGGAUGUACGGGGCCGAUGACUUCCUGCCCAUGCUGACCUAUGUUGUGGCUCAGUGCAACAUGCCGCGGCUGGACACCGACAUCCAGUACAUGAUGGAGCUGCUGGAUCCGUCUCUGCUUCAGGGAGAGGGCGGCUACUAUCUGACCAGCGCCUACGGAGCCAUGGCGCUCAUCAAGAACUUCCAGGAGGAGCAGGCCGCCCGGGUCCUGAGCUCUGAGGCCCGGAACACGCUGCACCAGUGGCACAGCCGCCGAACCGCCCAGCGCUCCAUGCCGACCGUGGACGACUUUCAGAACUUUCUCCGGGUCGCCCUCCAAGAGCUGGACUCUGGCUGCACAGGAAAAACCCUUCUAGUUCACCCGUACACCACCACAGAGGAAGUCUGCUCCCUGUGCGCUUACAAAUUCAAGAUCCCCGACCCGGAGAACUACGCGCUGUUCCUGGUCACCCAGGACACCAGCCAGCAGCUGGCUCUGGACACGCAUCCCCAACGGAUCAAAGCCGAGCUCCACAGCCGCCCGCUGGCGCACGCCUUCCACUUUGUGUACAGGAGGGUACCCAACCUGAACCUCCGUGUCCCGGUGCAGAUCAGAAACCGUCUUUAAACCCAGCGGAGCUCCCUUUGAGGAUGUUGAUGGACGUUUUGCGGAGAUAGACCUGAGAACGUGAGAGCGGAUGAAGAGCGAAGAAGACUUGAAGUUGCAGAUGUUGGAUGGAGGUUAUGGACAUGUUUACUUCUGACUUUGAAAUGCAGGAAAAUUGUUUGACACGCCUAAAGAAACUUCCACAGAUAAUGUAAUGACAUCAUUGCUGCCCCCAUCCAGUACCUCUGCUCUGAUACGUAAUGGAUCCCAGUCAAGAAUCUCGUUGUUUUUUGCACACCUUUAGGCUCAGACACAGAGUUGUGAGGCGUAAAAACGGCAAAUUCUGGUCAUUCAAUUGUCAAAACUUUAUACGAAAAUGAUCAACAAAUGAUCAAAAGCUACAGGCUCUUUUAUUUAGAGAAUCCACUUAAUUUUCAAAAUAAAACCCCGAUAGUUACUUAACUGUCAGUAAUUUAUGGCGAUAUGUCAGACCUGUAUAGGGUGUACCCCGUGUUACCCAACAGUAGCUGGGAUAGGCUCCAGCAACCCUGUAACCCUAGACGGAUGGUUAAGGGAGGGAGGGAUGGAUAUCUGAGUAGAUGGACAAAAAAAUGGAUAACUGCGUGGAUGGAUGGAUGGAUGGAUGGAUGGAUGGACACGUGUCACUUGUAACGGGCAGUGUGUCAAAGCUUUAAGUCCAAGUCACACCCAAGCCUUUGAGUGAAACUUAUGACCAGUGUCAACAGCACAAUAGCGGUGGGACGGCCGUUGUUCCACAGCACCACCCAACCUCUUUGAAUGUUUGACCAAUCACUCAGUACUUGUCUCAAAGCCAACAACAGCAGAGUUUCUCUUGGCUGAUGUGUUGCAAACACAUUACGUGUGGGGCAGCAAUAGACGUGUGCAGGAACAUUUCCUGUUUCUACAGAGAAGGAAUUCCUCUUCGCUUUCGCUGCGACUCACUUCUGUCGGCCCCACAGCCCCUCGUGUGCUUCACACCUGGAAACCAUCAGUGUAACCAAGUGUUGCCUUAACUGUUGUCCUUAACAGCAGACUCACACCAAAAACAUCACAUGAGCGUUGCAGCAGCAGGUUAACGUUCAUCUAUUCAAAAGCACUGAUUCACACCGAAGGUGUCACAGCUGUUUGGAUAUUUGUCGUUUUUAUAAAUUCCUUCCUACUUUUGUGGAUUUUUAAAACAGAUUUUUUGUGUCAUAAAAUACAUUUCUCCAUCUCAAGAAUUAACCUCUUGUUGUGGAACAUUUAAAGUUUUUGGUGCGAAUCGCCAUGUUUACCAUCAUGUUUUUUAAAACUUUUAUUUUGAAAAAUGUUGAUUACGUUUUUUAUUUUAUUUUGAAAGUAGCUGAAUUUUAUUUUGACACUUGGACCUUUAUUUCCAAUCAUUUUUUUUGACUGAAAAAUAAAUGUAGCUAGUGAAGUUGAGCAUGUGGUUCAUAAGAAUUCCCUGCUGUGAAUUGUGGGAUUGUUUCAAACAGGAAGCAGUUCACUGACGCAGCGCUGCUGCUGCUGGUUUGUAGUGUGAGUUGACGGUUUGAUGCCUUCAUAAAAAGUCCCAGUGUGCUACUGAGAGCUGUCAUCAAAAUGACCAUGGUUAAAAGUUUAUUUAAAGAAUAAAAAAAACUGUUUUAAUGUGUCUUUGUUGAUACGGACAAUUGCAGGUCAAUUGUAGCCUCUUAUUUCUAUGUAAAAAUAUUUUUAUAUUUACAUCAAAUGACAAAGAUUUUGUAUUCUGAUUUCAUGCGGGCUCAAUACUGGACUUAUUUAUGCCAGUUAUUUUAUGAAUAAACUUGUUUAUGUUUUCUAAGCUGACAGCUGACUGAGAAAUAAACACCCUUAGAGACUUUG